CCGGCCAGUCUCGGGCAUACGCCCAGCAGCCAGUGGUGCUGUGUGUCCUGCGCUACUGCAUGUCACCCAGUAACGGCGGGGCCGCCCUCUCUCCAUAGCUACGGCAGCAGCAGCGGAUGUGGCAGCCGCCAUCUUGCAGCCAUGAGCGGGUCACACCGGGAGGCAGCAAAGGAAGAGCGCAAGAAAGCAGGGGGCGGGGUGAUCAACCGGCUGAAGGCGCGACGGCUCCAUGUCAGGGAGGGGGGUGACGCCGAGCCCAGGACCGACAUCCUGCUCACAGAGCAGCAGCUGUUGGGGCUAAAGGAGCUGAAACCGGAGCACGUCCUAGGCCUGAGGCGGGUCACGGAGAAUUACUUGUGUAAACCCGAAGAGAACAUCUAUGGGAUCGACUUCACCCGCUUCAAGAUCCGGGACUUAGAGACGGGCACUGUGCUGUUCGAGAUCUCCAAGCCCUGCUCAGAGCAAGAGGAGGAAGAUGAAGAAACUGGACAUCUUGAUAGUAGUGCGGGGCGCUUUGUACGAUAUCAAUUCACGCCAGCAUUUCUCAGGCUCCGAAAGGUUGGUGCCACUGUGGAGUUCACAGUAGGCGACAAGCCUGUGAAGAGUUUCCGUAUGAUUGAGAGACAUUACUUUCGAGAACGGAUCCUGAAGAGUUUUGACUUCGACUUUGGCUUUUGCAUUCCAAAUAGCAGUAACACAUGUGAACACAUGUACGAAUUUCCGCAACUGUCAGAAGAACUCAUCCGCUUGAUGAUUGACAACCCAUAUGAGACAAGAUCUGAUAGUUUCUACUUUGUUGAUAACAAACUCAUCAUGCAUAAUAAAGCAGAUUAUGCUUACAACGGGGGGCAGUAAGGAUGUAUUUUCUCAGCCUGGUCCAAUUUUCUAUUUAUCAUUCCUUGACUGGACCAGGGGAUUAUGGGUAAAAUUUGAGGUCAAUCCUGUGCUUGACAUAUCAAGAAGCCUUUGUCUUUUUGCUGUUAUAACAAGAGCUGCAAUAAGAAUCUGAAGACUUUGUACAAAAUAUAUAUAUAUUUAUUUUUUUUGUUCAUUAUCAUCGUAUUGUCCUCUAUUGCCCUUUUAAAAGGCUUCUGUGCUUUGAAGGAAACUGUAAUGGGAAAGUUAUGUUACAGUAAUGUUCAUUAUGAAAACAGUAAAGGUUGGCAUAGCUUGAUGUAACUUGAGACCUAUUUUGUAGUGAUGAGCGAGGUUCGGUUUUACUCGGUUUUACUCGGUUCUCAAAACGGCAUCUUAUUGGCUAUCCAAAACACGUGACAUCCGUGAGCCAAUAAGAUGCCGUUUUGAGAACCGAGUAAAACCGAGUAAAACCGAGUAAAACCGAAUCCGCUCAUCCCUACUAUUUUGUGCAAUACUAAUUUUCUUUGCCCUCUGUUCUUCUGUAAAAGAAGCCUCUGAUGACAAGAAAUCUGGACAAAGUUGUUCUGUAUGAUUUCUAACAUCGGAACAUCAAAUAUUUUGUAUCUAUUCCAUAUAAACACUUUUAGAGUGUAAUGGAACAAAACUGCAAAUAGCUCACUUUUUUUUUUUUAUUAGGCUUAGGUUUCCUUUUAAUAUAUUUUGAUACAAGAUGUAUGUACAUAUUUCUUACAUAUCCAUCACUUGCCUUUUGUUACCUGUUGUGUAUCUGCAGCUGUGCUUCACAGAGGUGCCUAUUUUACUAUGGUUUUUGAUUUGUCCUUCAGGGAGAAAUACAUGAACUAUUUUUAUUAGUGGUAUAGUUCAUUAUGUAAAGAGCUUUAAUUAAUGUGUAUGUCUGUAACUUCUACUGAAGCUAGAAGCAAUAACUUACUACACAAACACCAGCUGUGGUGACUUGCCAUAAAGACUGGGCAAAGGUUAGGAGUCCGUAUAGAGAACUGUCUUCCAUAUGGGGUGGUUUAUUCAUUUUAAAAGGUAGGUAGAAUUGGCGGACACUUACUGUGUUCAAGCAUUAUAGUGCGUCUACGUGUGAAGACCUUCGUUUUGUGUUACUCUUAUAACAAAUUUUAUUAAAAGAAAAAAACAGAUAUGCACUUGUUUAAUUACAUCAUGGGUUUCCACCAUGUGGCCCUCCUAACAGCUGUAGAACUAUACAUCCCAGCAUGCCCUGCCACAAUUUUGCUAUUAAGGCAUUCUAAAAUUGUGACAGGGCAUGCUGGGAUGUCUAGUUCCACAGCAGCUGGCUGCCUGCAUGUUGCAUACCUAUAAAUUACAUGAAUAGAACCUAAUACAGUUAGUUGGCCGCCAUCUCUGCCUGUUGCCUAUAAACAAACAUUCCUCUUUCAGUCUUACAGGAAAUGAUUUGUGCCAUGUGUCAGUAGUAAAGAUGCUGUAACGAAGCUAGUGUUAAAAAUAAAUAAUGAACAUUUGGCAAAGAUUAUAGUAUAUGCAGGAAAUUUUGCUACUCAUCCUGGGAUCUACUGGAUUAUGUUAUAGUGUAAAUUAAGUUACUUACAUUUUUUUUAAAAUAUGAUUUUAGGACUGUCUUAUCUAAUGUUCCGUUUGAAAUUCAAGCAGUACAAAGUAGAUUUUAACCAUUAGUUACAUAUAAAGUAUUUUUCUAGGGAUAAAUACUGAGUUGCCUUUAUUUUUGAGCAACACCUAGAAAACAUUGAGUUUUCGCAGCCAAAAGACGAGUUUUGAGAGGUCUGACAGGUGUGAAAUUGUAGGGACUCUGGUACAGUGCUUACAUGGGUUUCAGCUGGGUCCUCCGGUUUACUUGCACAAUCCAUAAAUAUAAUGGUAGAUUAAUUGGCUCCCAACUAAAAAAAAAAAAAAAAAAAUUAGUGUGUGCAUGUACAGUACAUGUGUUUAUGGCACAAGAUGGGCCAAGUAGUUCCUAUCUCCUGUGUUAAAAUGCUACGAUUCUAUGAAGCUUCAUAGGUGGAGGCAGUGUCCAGAUUCCUUACCGCAUUUAGGAACCAUUAACAGGAGUCUGGUGUUGCUGGUAUCUGUCAGAGGUAGGAAAUGUUAGUUAUGGGUUUCAUUCUGACUAGUAGUUGGAAGGACAAAGGGGCAGAGUGAACGCUUCAACUUAACAAAGCAGAUGACUUAACGUGGUCGGUUAAUAAUUCUGUUUUCUUGUAAAGAGGGAGGGAUUUUGUAAAAACCUGUAUUUUUCUGAAAAAUAAAGCUCAUUUAACUAAA